AUGCCAGCAGCCGUCAUUAAACCAGAAGUCCUUUCUCAGACUCUCACGUCAGUGGCGUUGCCUGGGUGCUGUCUGUCGAGCAGGUUACUCACAACCGGCGGGUCUCUCUUGUCCUACACAGGGUCGUUCAGCGGAGAGGAGCUUACUGCGUCGGUGAUAGCGAACGCAUGGGCAACAUACAGUCAGAGCGAUACCAAGCGUGGCCCGAGACUGAACUUUCUCUACGUCGACUGUCAAGAGGGGAGGACCAUCGUCACGCAGGUUCUGCCGGGACUCCUUCUGUCGCUGAUGAGCGACAAGACCCUCCCGCUGCAUGAGCUGCAGGCAAAGCUGCUUGUGCUGAAGGAGCACUUGUCGGUGACGUUGGAGCAAGCAUUCCCAGCAGGGCAAGCUGGGACGUUGCUGAGCUCGUCAUGCGUCACGAGUGACUAG